AUGGCGGGGAAGUCCAACAGGGGCAAAAACAGAGGAAAGUUAUCUGGCGUAAACCAUGCGAACUCUUCUGAGCUCGAGCCGAAAGCUGUGGACUCUUUGGUUGUCAGCAAGGACCCUGGUGGUUCGGAGUCCUCCGAUGCCGCUGACGGUGUAAUAGGAGACCCGAGCUCAAGCGAUAAGUCUAUUCCGAGCAAUGGGCCAGCUGAAGACAACGCUGGCAAAGGAAACGGUCAAUCGACAGCCCCCAAGCAGGAAGGUGAGACUCUCCUUUUUUUAUUGCAUCUCUGUGCUCUGUUUGCUCUGCGUUCAAGCUUGUCACAACUGAGAAAGCUUGUUGGCGAACAUGUUAUAACUCUGGUGGGUCAAAGGGGGUAAUUAGACGUGGAAACCAAUAUCUCUCCUCUGCUCCAAGAGAGUCAGACGAAUCAGUGAGAAGGCGAUGCUUCUAAUUGGACAUUGUCGCAGCAUCAGUUUUUCACACGGAGAUAUAUCUAUAUAUAUAUAUAUAUUUAAUGUUUCGUGUUUAUUCAUCCCCGGAUGUUCUGUAGAAUAAUAUACUAUGCUUAAGAAACCGAACCGUCGAUCACUUUCUGUUACGUGUUCUUCAUAUAUAGUUCAUUUAGUUACAAGCAUUUGCGUUCAAGUGGUUGCUUUAUGUUGCUAUAGAUUACGACUCUUCAUAUACGAGAUAUCUCCACUGGAAAAUCUGAGAAAACAGGAGUCCUAUACUCUCGAGUGUUAGGUGCUCCUUUUAAUGAGGGAUAUCCUUUCCUCAGCUCGUUUUGUUUAUUAUUUUUCAAAAUGACAUUCUUUUGGGAUGUAUAUCUUCGUAGAUAGGAAACAUACAACUGUACACAGUUGAUAGUCUAACUUCUUCUCCAUUGGCUCUCGAGAAAUUGUAGACUGGAUUCCUAACGCCUGCAACUCUUGCAUGUUUCCAUCAUUAUUCGGUUCACAGGGGAACUUCAACUUUAUCCAGUGUCUGUCAAAGCGCAAUCUGGGGAAAAGAUAGAGUUGCAGGUAAGCUGCUGCGGCAAGAUCAAUAUUAUUCCUUUUCUGGGAAAAUGUAGCGUAAUAGCUCGGGAAGGUUUCUUUUUUCUUGCUCAUGGUUCUAAUGUUUUAUUCAUUUUUACUGGUUGACUUUGUUUACAAUUGCUUAUGCUGUUUACCCUUUUUCUUGCACAAAGUACUUCUAUGUUUUCUCUGAUGCCGAAUUUCUUUGUAUAAUGCUGUAAUUUUUGGACUCUUUCACUUGAUUGUGCAUUCAUGCAUGUCCAUUGAUGCCUAUACAAGUUGCUCGUAGUUGGUCUUACACGGGAGAGUGAGUUGCAGUUUGCAGCCACUGAGAAAAAAAUUAUGUUAAUCUUCCUAGAAAAUGGGUUCAUUAGUCAUGUUUUUGUCUAUUACUUUCGAUAGUUACGACUCUUUUCAUGUCUACCUCUUAAAGCCAUGUUCACUUAAAAGAAGCUGUGCUGUUUUCGUCUGGAGUAGUCAUUUGCGAUAGUUUAUGAAAAUGACCGAAAUUGAGGACAGAAAGUUGUCGACAAUUUCUCAUCAAUUGUGGCAGAUAUAUGUGGACAAGAUGUUUUGAUGGUACGCUUGGUGACCGUUUCUCUUUGCUGAAUGUUUUUUCUGUAGGGUAUUUUUUCCGUUCUUGGAUUUUGGUCGCAUGCUUGUAACAUUUAAGUUUUAUGUGAAAAUUGUGUCAAUAGUUUGUGCUCUUAAAAAAGGGAAUAGGCUUGUUCUAACAAGCUUCAUUAUUUUUUUAUGAAUCUAUUUUAAGGUUGUGAAUUUGGUUACGUGUGAGAUGAGUCUUAUCCUCAUCUUUUGAAAUUGUCAUCUUUCCUUUCAUGCAUAUAUCUGCUGUUUUUUUAUCUUGAAUUUUUGGGGUAAUCAAUUUAGUUUCCACAUAAUUUUUGAUUCAAAUUUUACUGGAUUGCAGAUAUGUCCCAUAAAAUAUCUCGUUGUCGUACCCUAGAUAUUUAGUAUGCUCGUGGCCUUUUCUUAUCUAUAGCCCGAAAAUAGAUAAUCACGUUCUUGUAAGAGGCAAUUCUUAUCUCUUCCUUUGUACUAUGUACUCUGUUCAUACUCUGAUGAACGUGAUUUCUCUGCCUUUUUCCUUUUACUGAUUUAUCAUCUCAUGUCAUUCUCCUUCUAAGGAUUCUCCUCAAAAUUGUUUCCUUUAUUUUUUGCCUUUUCUUCUUAUGGUGUGAUGGAGUUAUUAAUUUAUUGUUAAAUCAUCAUCUAGUACAAAACUGUUAACUUUCUUACCUGUUUUUUCAUUUUCUUGCCGUUAAUGUAGCUAAGUCCUAGAGAUUCCGUGAUGGACGUGAGGCAAUUUCUUCUAGAUGCUCCAGAGACAUGUUUCUUUACAUGUUAUGAUUUGAUACUGAACUCUAAAGAAGGCCCAAUCCAUCUAGAGGACUACAAUGAAAUUUCCGAAGUUGCUGAUAUUACUACUGGUGGUUGCUCCUUGGAGAUGGUUGCUGGUAUGUGAAGGAUAAUUCCUCACAAUAGAGGAUAUUCCUUUCUCAGACUUACAAUCUGUGUAUCUUUGCAGCACUGUAUGAUGACAGAUCCAUCAGGUCUCAUGUCUGUCGAGCGCGAGAGCUGCUUUCAUCUGCCAAUACUCAUGCAUCAUUAUCAACUUUGCUUGCAUUGCAGCAUGAGAAUGUUCAAAAGACAAAUACGGGUAUUUCAUUUCAAAUGAGACACUGAUGCUAUCUCGUCGCAUUUUGUACUCGAACAACAUUUUAUCCUUAACUGAAAACCAUUUUGUCCAAAUUGAUAUUUUACUACGAUUAUUUUCAUCUUGAGUAGUCUACUCUGAGUUGUUGAUUUUUCUAUGAACAGAUAAAUCUGAAGCCCCAGAACUUGAUGGGUUAGGCUUCAUGGAGGAUAUUACUGGUUCCCUUUCUAAUUUGGUGUCAUCAUCACCUAAGGAUAUCAAAUGUGUGGAAACAAUUGUGUUUUCUUCUUUCAACCCUCCUCCAACUUAUAGGAGGUAAUCGUCUUUUUCUCAAAUUUUUAUGUUUCUGGGGAUAAAUUCUUUCUUUACGUAGAGCAUUUUUAAAGUUUUAUUCAGUGUGAAAUUAUUCAAGUAGGUUGGAUUAGUUACUUGUUCACCAUCCUGUAUUCUGUUUUUUUUGUGCUCGCAACAUGUUCGUGGCUGUUCAAUUUGAGAACAUGUGGCCAUUGAAAAUGAACUUUCAUUGUGAAAAGCAAGCUCUGAGGUUGCCCUAUAUUGAACGAAGGUUCUGCAAGGUUGGACACUCGUCAACCAUCUGAAGGGGGGGGGGGGGUAUUUACUGUCAAUCGCAGUGUCAAGCUCUUUGCGUAGCCAAUUUGAUUUACUACUGGAUGCUUUCUCAGCCCAAUGGACAGUGCAUUAGACUUCCUCGCAAAAAGAAUAUUGCUUUGAACUAUUUUUCUCUUUUGUUACUUGUGGACAAUAUCUGCCCUUAAUUCUUCAAAUGCGCUUGAUAAUUUUGUUUAUUAGAGCUAUUGAGUGGUUUUUGUUUCUACCUCAAAUGUCAGGCUUCCUUGUCAAUUAUGUGACAAAUUUGAGUACAUAAAUCUCUUUUUCCCUUCGUGCUCAUUUUCUUCUUGAAGGGUUUUGUGUUAUUGUUUGCAUUUGAUAAGCAUGAUACGGACUAUGUAAAUCCUAAUGCUCUAUAAUAGUUGACAAAGUGGAGGUUAAGUAAAAGGCUGAGCCCUGUCAGUUAAACGCUGGCCCACAUUUCGGUAGCAUCAACACGGUACAUCUUAGUAUGACCUGGUAUUGCAUCUGCUUUAAAAUAUUGAUCUCUCACGGGACCCUUGGCCAACUUUGACCUGCUUUUAAUCUCAAUAGACAUCAAUUCAUCAGCUCUAAUUGGUGGUUUGAUUUGAAUGGCUAAUGAUAGGAUGCUUGCUUCAUCCGAAAUCGCUGAGAUCGUGCUCUAAAAUUGCUGGCUGUGACAUUUUUAUUGUGUAACACAUCGAUGCUCUAAUGAGUUCCAAUCUUGAUUGAUUAUUCCUAGUAUUUUUACUCUUCACAGAUGGAAUCGUUAUAAACUUUUUAUUGUUCCGGCUUAAAUUUUCAAUUAUCCAGUAGCACUAAUCUUUAUCAAAGAAAUUAAUGGAUAAUGUAAACUUAGUGCAGCGAAAUUUAAUACUAUCGCUGGAUAUAAUGGAGGUUAUUUCCUUUAUUUUCCGUUUUGAUGAUAAUGUUCUUGUUCUUUUUUAUGUAAAGUUGUUUUCUUUGUUUGGUUACAAAUUACCUGAAUGUGGCAUUAUCAUCUCUUCUAGGUUGGUGGGGGAUCUUCUUUACUUAGAUGUGGUAACACUAGAGGGUAGCAAAUACUGCAUAACUGGAAGCACAAAGGCUUUUUAUGUGAACUCAAGCACUGGGAAUGUGCUGGACCCUAGGCCGGCAAAGCCUGCUCUUGAAGCUACGGCCCUCAUUGGUCUUCUACAAAAGCUCAGCCCAAAAUUCAAAAAAGGUUUGCAACUUUGCUUAACGAUUGGUUGUUAACGCAAAAUGAGAAUUAUUACACUUUAAAAUUGUUUUUCUUGAAGGUUUUCGUGAAAUGUUGGAGCAUAAGGCUUCUGCUCACCCUUUUGAGAAUGUUCAAUCAUUGUUGCCACCAAACACAUGGCUUGGAGCUUAUCCAAUCCCUGGUAUGUUUUCCACCUAUGUUUCAAUGAAAAUAUAACUACUUUUCCAUGCUUGUUAAACUCUAUUAAAAAUAUUUUUUCAUUUGAAAAUUUUAUUGUUUUCUUUGACAUGGAACUGCCAGCUUGGUGAAACUAAUGUUUCUAGAACGGGUAACACUAAAAUGUUCUUCAUUUGGAAGGGAAAAAUGAUUGUAAAAACUUGGACAAAAUGAAGGAAAAGGUCAGAAUUAUCAUUUCGGCAGCUCCUCUGGUUCAUCUAACAGUGUACUAGAAUUGUUCAAAAUUCCAUCUUGCAGCUAUAGGUUAUGUGUUCCGUCUGAACUUCAUCAUAGACAUUAGCGUUGGUCCAUAGAAUUUUCUAAUGUUUAUCCCUUCUAUGAGUUUCUUAUUGAUUUGCACUAUUUAUACUGCUCUGAAAGUAUCUGCGUUUCUGCUAUUAUCUUCUUCUUUUUAUCCCAUUCUAAACUGCACAUAAUAGUUCUGAUAUAACAGUCUUUAUCUAAUUGACGUUGGACUGAAUGUGGAAGAGACUAUUCUAUUCUGCCUUAUAUGAUGUGCGUCUGUAAAAUUCUGGACCUGGAUAUGAAUGGAACAGAAUAAAAGCUUCCACGCUAGGCCUCAUUCCAACACAAGAUCCUCUAACAUCAGCUCAUGUUAAAUAUCACUGUUGCUUAUUCUAAUGUUGAAAACCUGAUUCUCAUGUUAAUCAAGAUCCUCUAAUAUCCCAGGUAGGCACUCAUUUAUUAGAACAUGUGAAGAUCUUGAUCAUUGAUGACGGACAUUUAUUAGACACGCUGUCAUUAAUGAACUUUUCAUGGCUACAAGGGGGACUUUAUAGUUUGGCUCUUGUUAAUUAUUUCAUAUAAAUGAUGUUUCGACUGAUCUUUAUUUCAGAAAAAGUAGCACCCAUCUAUUUCAUUGGAUGUGUGCUGAAGCAUCUGCCAAUCCUUUUACAACUCUGGGCUAUCCUGGCUGAUGAGGCGCCUGACCAUGAAACACCACUCUAGCCAAAGCUGUUUAAAAUUCGACAGAUGCUUUUUGUUAUGUAUGUAGGUGCAAAAUUUAGUGAGACCAUCAUCCUGGUCUGAACUUAUUCAGUCCUCCUGAAAUAUUUAAAAUUUGUUUUCAUAUUUUUCUUGUGUCAUUUUUUAGGCAGCUAUAAUGUUUAAAGUGUCACUCUUCUGAUUUUUAUUAAAUUUCGUGGUGAUUUUCACUUCGUUGAUUCUCCAUUUUAUGUAAGUACUAUGUUGUGGUCAUUUAUUUUUCUCAUUCCAAAAUUUCUAUUGUUUGUUUUCAACUGUUUGGUUUAUCUUAUUCACAGAUCAUAAGAGGGAUGCUGCGAGAGCUGAAAAUGCGCUGGCUCUAUCAUUUGGCAGUGAGUUGAUUGGUAUGCAGAGGGACUGGAAUGAGGAGUUGCAAUCUUGUCGGGAGUUCCCUCACCAUACUCCCCAGGAAAGGUAGAUAUUGCCAAAUCCCUAUAUCAAUGGAGCUGUCCUGAUCAGAAUCACUAUUUCUGUAGUCAUGUCAACAAUUUAUUAACUGAUAACUAAACUAGAUUAGUUUGUAGAACGAUACGUUUUGUUUGCAUUACAUAGUUCUUAUGGUACUGUUUGUUUUGCAGGAUCCUACGUGAUAGGGCUCUUUAUAAAGUGACCUGUGAUUUUGUUGACGCAGCAAUUAGUGGCGCAAUUGGAGUCAUUAGCCGAUGCAUACCUCCAAUAAAUCCAACAGACCCAGAAUGCUUUCACAUGUUAGUUAACCCUGGAAAAUGGGUGGACGUUUAUUUUGCCUUCUCCACUUGUGUCCUGUGCUUUCUAAACAUUGUUGUGGUUCUAGACAACUCUACUCAUCCUAUAUAAGUUGAAAGUUCGCAAGUUAUCUCCGUCCUCUAUGAUCAAUCAUAUUGUAUAUUUUUGGUUGUGUUAUAUUAUUUAAAUUCUUAUAGAUACUUGUCUCUGUCGCUUUUUAUACAGGUAUGUACACAACAACAUAUUCUUCAGUUUUGCUGUGGAUGCAGACCUUGGGCAGAUAUCGAAAUCCAAAUCACCUGGUUUCUUGCAAGCUGCGAAAUAUCUUACAACUGCAGACACUUCUUCCAGUCUGUCGGAGAAGAGUUCUGGCUCAAAUGCUGAUGGUGGUAAUGAUGUAGUAGAUUCUUCAGGGGAUGCUACCACCGAGGCACAUAUGGCUGAUGGUGAGCAGGCAACAUAUGCUUCUGCGAAUAAUGAUCUAAAAGGAACCAAAGCUUAUCAGGAAGCUGAUGUUCCUGGGCUUUAUAAUCUGGCUAUGGCAAUAAUUGAUUACAGGGGUUACAGGGUAGUGGCACAGGUGCAUCUUGGAUCUCUAGCCUGGUUUACUUGAUUGAAUUUGCUUUUGCUUGUUGCUUCAUCAGCAGUCUUCAAUUUUUUAUUUAUUAAUAAGUUGUACUUUUACUUUCUGUGAUAAUAUAGAUGAAUUUGAUGGAAAUGAUUGAUUGAUGGUUAAGAGUACUGAUUUUUUUGUUGAUAGUGAAGAGAAAAUCGAAUCAAGUAAACCAUCCAUGGGCGGCAAUUACUUUGUUCACCCUUUGAACUGUAAUCUAGGAAAAAGUUACCUCAGACUACAAUGGACCCUCCCCCCUUGGAAAUUAACGAUGUUUUAUUUUUUCAUUAUUUAUUGAAGCUGAGAUUUUGCAGUCUCAUUUGACUUAUUCUGUUCUUGACUAGUAGGAUUGCUCCAUCAUUGAUCUCAAAUGCUGCCUUCAAUUUCUCUUUAAACCUUCUCCUUUUGUCCCACCUUAGAGGGUCGCAAUAUAGGCAUACCAUGGGCCACCUUCUUUUCCUUGAACCUGAAGUCCUAUUACUUGAUCGUGAUUAUUCCUACCAUCUUGUUGGUACUACAUUCUGUGAAGAUUUAGUUCUCAUGCCUUUAUUGUGAUCCACAAACUAUAAAAUUAGCUUCCAUUAGUCGAUUAAACUUUUCAAUUCUGUCCAUUGUAGGCUAUUCUUUGUAUUUUAAAUCUUUUUAAUGAAGUUUGGGUAUACAACCUUCGGUAAGAAACUCUUGCAUUAAGGUAAAAUGCUACUUUGUACCACAAUCUUGUAAAAUGAAAUGUCGUUUCACCAACUUCGUAAAAAAAUCAACUGUCAUGUAGAAUGUGAACUUAAAGCUGACCCACGAUGUAAGCCAACCAUAGCUGGGAAGUCAUUUGAACUUAGCUCUAACGUAUCAAUACUGGUUUCUUAGUAUCAUUUUCUACUGUAAUGUCCACCACACAACUCUCUACAUGCAUUUUCAGAAUUGUCUGUAUGUGGACUAAUAUCUGUUAAUAAAUAGUAUUAGUCAUUGUCCCCUUAUGAUCGUCUAUCUUUUUUUCACAUAAAUUUCUUAGAACCACUUUCUUUUAAAAGCCCACCAGAUAGCUUUCCCAGGCACUCUUGUAUGGUUCUUAAAAUCGAUGAAUAUUUUAAAAAUAUUUAUUUCUCUGCAGAGUUGUUUCCUCAAUUCUCUACACUAGAAAGUUAUUAAUAUUUUUAAAUCUUCGAAGCUUUUACUUGUCUCUCUCAAGUUUUUUCAUGUUUUAAUGUCAUAUAUCUGAUUCUCCGUAAUAGAAUACGCAAAAUUUUAGUUCUGGUUGAAAAUCGUCUUGGACAAACUAGAGGACGAUCUGUUAGUUUCUACCUCAUCAUAUUAGUUUUCUUUGAUCUGCAGAGUAUAAUACCUGGUAUUCUCCAAGGAGACAAGUCGGAUUCCCUUUUAUAUGGUUCUGUUGACAAUGGCAAAAAAAUAUGCUGGGAUGAAAAAUUUCACUCCAAGGUUAUAUUUCCUUUUAUUAAUGUAAUGCCUGCGGUUUAUUUAUUUCAUGAUAAUCGCACAUUUAUGGUUAUUUUGCUAUUGUACUUUCACUGUCAAUGUAAUUCACUAUUUUCUUACUUCUACUCUGGUAGCAACAUAUUGGAACAGCUUUUCGAGUUCAAACUCCUUUGAUUUUUGUUAGGAUUUUCUAUAAUAUUUUCUGUUGGGCAUGGAACUUGAGUUUUGUUUGAAAAAAUGUAUUUUGUCAAUUUUAGUAACCUUUCGUGGCUAAUGUUUUCAUUACUCAAAGGUCGUGCUAAAGUCUCAAUUUUUUUGAUGAUGGUGAUGUUCCAUGUACCUCAGGAAUUGAUUCCGAUUCUGAACUCGCCAUCUAUAUUUUAAUUAUUUUUCUAUGCUCUGUGUUUCUUUCGUCUGUGAAGUUCGUGUAUGUCUUCUUAAAGGCGUGUAUCUCGACUUCCUCAUGGGUAUUCUCUGAUGAUAGAGGGUGAUUUCUUUGCUAAAAUGAAGAGCACUUAAAUAUUAUUACCUAUUAUGAUUUCAUUUCGAGAUUGCUUCAUAUUUUGCUCUCUUGGGAGGGCGUUUGCUUCGUUAUGUUAUUGUAAAUUUCAAUAUGCUAUUUCCAUUAGUAUGCCUUUUAAUGGAUGUGCAUUCUUUCUGUAUAUUUUUAUUGAACACAUUUUUUCCCCAGAUUCUUGAGGCUGCAAAACACCUUCAUUUAAAGGAACACACAGUUAUUGACGGAUCUGGAAAUGUUGUCAAAUUGGCUGCUCCAGUGGAGUGUAAGGGUAUUGUUGGGAGUGAUGACAGGUUAACGACUUUUUCUGAACCACACUCAUUACAUUUUCAUGUUUUUUGAUGUGAUAUUUACAUAUCUGAGUGAUCACAUAGUGAACCUUGUUCUAAUCUUUUUAUUGUGGUGGCAGAAAGAGAUAACUAAAUUUGUUCAUAUGGGUGAUGCUUUUCUUUUGAGAAGUUGCUCCAUAUAUAAACACAGCUUUUAAUUCGACACAUACUACAUGGGUAUGCACUGCAAAUAGUUCUGAUCCUGGAUGUUUUUCCAUUUUUGUUGUCAGAAUUUAGUUACUCGACACUUUGAUAGCUGAAGUUACCAAGUUCUUGUGAGGUGACAUUGAGUUCAGUUUUUCUUGUGCUAAGAUAUUGUAAGGAUCUGUCUGCCACCUGACUUGUAUCCUAUCACGAUUGUUCUUGCUAAAACGAAAAUGACAUCAAUGACUGAUUAAUUGAAAGAGAACUCAGAAUUAUAAGAUAUGCUGUGAUAAUGGCGAAAGUAGAGUGCAUAACGUAAUUGCAUUGAUGUUCUCAUUGCUCAAAUCCCGUGAGUUCAAUCUUUGCUCUUCGGGUUGGAUCUUUAGUUGUGUAGUUUUGUACUUCGUACUGAACUUCAAUGGAUUGAAAAUUGAAUCAUUCGUCGUUCUUGAAAAUGAAAUGUAAGCAAUGGUGGCAACAUAAAGGUAUCGUUUAGUAUUGAGCUUUCUUUAAGACUAAAUGCUUUGUAAUCCCCAAAUAUUCUUUAAGACUAAGAAAGUCUAUGCGCUCUGUUCAGGCUUACUCUUGUAUUGGAUUUUCAUUUUUUAUAUGAUAAUGAAUGCUUGCAGGCAUUAUCUUUUGGACUUGAUGAGGGUAACUCCUCGUGAUGCAAAUUACAUUGGUCCACAAUUUCGCUUUUGUGUCUUGAGGCCAGAACUUGUGACUUCCUUCUGUCAGGUAAAUACUGUACAGAUUUAUAUUGGUCAAUCUUGUAAUACUUCUCUUCUUAACUAAGCAUGUGAUAUCUGUGCUAGGCUGAAGCUGAAGAGAGGUCCAAACCUACGACCACUGAUGGAGAAGCGCUAGCAACAUCUGAUACACAACAGGGCGAUAGUGAUGCAUUGAAUGUAAGUACGGGCACUGGAUCAUUUUUGCUAUUUUGUAUCCUUCUGAUGUCACGUACAUGUAACGUUAAUUGGAGGCAUUAACUGAUACAGGGUUUCUAUUGAUAGAGCCUUUACAUUGAUGGUCUGGAAAUAAGAAUUUAUUUCAUAUUUUAGUUGUAGCAUCUUGAAAUUAUCAGUGAUGAAUGUUUGUCUUGUACACAAGGCGAGGUGAUAGAAAGCUUUUGAAAAGUUUUUCUUUAUGUAUUCAUUCUAGAGUAUAAAUCCUCUUGCACACGGCAGUUGUUUUAUACAUGUCACUUUCACGCAGUCAAGGAUGGGGAAGAAGUUAACUUGAUCAAGCCUGUAUAUGUGUAGUGAGCCCUUGUUUUUAUCUUCAGGGUUUUUACUUUCAUGAUUAUUUAGGUAUUUAUGCGGAUAUUUUAAUUUUUAUUGUAUAGGGUAUGCCAACACAAGAAGAGACCAAGGAUGCUGAAGAAUGUAGUGUGCCUAGUGAAAGUACAUCAUCACUUGGCGAAAUAGUUUUGAAUCCUAAUGCUUUUACUGAGUUCAGAUUGGCUGGUAGCCCAGAGGUUAACUUUUAUGCUAAUCUCAGGUCGUUAUUUCUUUUUGUUGAUUUCAACUUCUUUGUGACCCCUGUUUUGGUUAUGCCUUGUCAUCAGGAGAUAGCCUUAGAUGAGGCUAGUGUGAAGAAGGCUGGUUCCUAUCUUUUAGAUGUUGUCAUCCCAAAGUUUGUUAAAGAUCUUUGCAACCUCGAAGUUUCUCCAAUGGAUGGGCAAACUUUAAGUGAUGCACUUCAUGCCCAUGGGAUAAAUAUCCGCUAUCUUGGAAGAGUAGGUAUCGGUAAAUUCUGAUGUUGGGCGAUAAAUAUCGCUUCAGUGUCAAGCAUUUUCUCAUGAUGUUCUCUGCCCUUUCCUCAGAUCGCAUUUAUGAUAAAGCAUCUACCUCAUUUGUGGGAUUUGUGUACUGCAGAGAUUAUUAUUCGGUCAACCAAACAUAUUUUGAAGGUGAACCUUCUUAGCCAUCAUUUUUAUUUGUUGUUUUUUUUACUUUAUUAUAUUGCCUUCAUCAGUUGCCAUGACAGUGACUGAUUAUUGCUGAGUAUUGGUUUUCUCUCCAGUUAUUUAAAAACUAAACGUUAAAAUUUAUGAAAUGUCUUCAAUUGAUUAGGAGGAAGUAUUGGUGAAAUUUCAAUGUAGCUAAUAUUAAAUAACCUUUUGUGUAGUUUUGUAAUUUUUUAAUUACUUAGACAGAGGAGUAUUUCAUUGAAAUUACCAUUGGGCUUUCUUCGAUUAAAAGAAUGCUCAAUUUAGUUUUGGGAUUUGAUUUUUGCUUUGAUUGCCUUAUAACAGAUAGAAUGCCAUGUACUGGCAGAACUAAAAACUGGCUGCUUUAAAUGAUAGCUAGGGUUUAGGGCUUCAAGUCGUCUUGGGGUUAGUGCUAACUAAAAAUGGCAGAGUAAAAAAAUAUAUUUUGGUCAAUAUUUAGUUUAUUCUUAAAAAUAAAAAGUCUUUUAAAAUGAUUAUGCCAUUUUCACAACAAAAUCCAGUAUCUGCUUGUGCUGUCCCAUCUGCUAUCCUUGGGCCAUUUGUUAAUGCAGCCAUCUAUUACGACUAUUGACUGACUCAAAGAUCCACGGAAUCCAUAUAAUUUAUCCUUGUUUUGUGCAAUCUUUGGGUUAAUCAGCAAAGAUUUUUAUGAUUAUUUCUAGUUGUAUUUUUUGUUCUGAGACUUGGCUGUGAUGUUUCGGAUUCAUGUAUGGAAAGCUUAACUGUGAGUAUUGCUAGUGAAAUGCUCUGAAUUCUGUUGGUAAGCUUUUCGGGCCAAUAUUUCAACUGAAAAAGCUUGAUUUUUUCCGGACAUUUUUUGGUCCAAACACUAUCAUUUGUAAGGAGUAAUUAAAUAUCUGACUCAUUAUCCUAAUGCCUCCUAUUUUUAAUGAAUUUGAACAAGUGUCUAGAACCCUACAUUAUUUGUUAUUAUCAGGAAUGUUACUCUUCAGCAAAGUUGGUCCCACGUGCCUAGCGGUAAGGAAGCUGUGACGGCACUGGCAGUGCUGCAAGAAUCUUAUGUCUGUCUUUCCCAUUCUAGUUCCAUGGAGAGGAAAAAUUACCAUCCCUUCUAAGAAGGGAAUAGUGAAAAAUGCGACUAAGAUUUCAUAAGUUCUUGUAUCUAUCAUGGACCAUUAGCAUUUAUCAUUCAACGGCUGAGUUCAUGUCCACUUUUAUGUUUGGAUCCAUCCAAGAGUACCUGUACUUUAAUUCUGGAUAUCAUUUCAAGUCAUUAUAGACGAAAAUGACUCUACGUAAGGUUGUGCAAACAUUUUGUCGUCUUAUUUCUUUCCUGUUUUGUGUUUGGAUGCAUCCUAUGCUUUUGAUUCUUCCUCAUCCUUUAUGAGUUAGCUAUAGAACUUAUUGUUGGUUGAACAGGAUAUACUAAGAGAGUCCCAGGAUCACGAGCUUGCAAAUUGCAUCUCUCGUUUCUUGAAUUGUUUCCUUGGUACGGUUUCACCUGGUGACUCUAAAGGAAGAUCGUCCAAGUUGAUGGUGAAAAGCCAGAUGAAGGUACAUGAGCGAAAUUAUCUGAUGUUUAUUUGUUUUAUUAUUUUAAUCUUUAUUGAAUUCUGUGUAGGAUUUUCAUGAAUUGUUUUAUAGUGCAGCCACUUUUUCGUAUUUAAACUGAAUUACAUUCAGAGUACGCAGUUUUCUUUCAAAUUUUUUUUUUUGUGGGUGGAUGGAUUGAAUUCCUUGUAUCAGUCUAACUAGUCUGUUUACAUGCCAGUCAAUCUUGUUAUUACAGUGACUAGUGAUACACAGAAGUUGUAAGUCACAUGUAGGAAGUUUGGGGUGGUUGAAACAGGCUGUAUAGGUACCAUUUACCUUCUUGGGUAGCUCUAUUUUCUGUGAUUGGAACCUUAUCGACAUUACUUCUGUGCAUCUUCUAGCAUAGUCAACUGAUCCUGGUUGUAUGGUUAUUAAAACCAAUAUUUUGUUAGUAAAAUACGUGUAUCCCUAUUGAUCUCGGCUUGCUGUGUUUAAAUGUAACUUGUGUAAUAAUUUGCAAGAUAACUCCAUAAGUGGUACUUAUUUGUUGCUGUGGCCCUCCUAAUAGGUCGGGAUCACGAUUAUUCGAGUGGCCAGACCCUCAAAGCUGCUUAUUGUGGGUCAUUUAUGUUUAAUUUCUCGUAAAUGCACUUUCUAUUGUUUAAUGAUUACAUAGCACUAUCCACUUGAGAUUAAAGGGUCAACGCCGAUCUAACUUACAUAAAUGACAUAGAAGCAAAGACGUCAUCUGACUUUUAUAUAUGCUUCUGUAAGCACUAUUUAUGUUUUUAAUUUUAGUUCUCUGUAAAGUUUAGCUGGAGCUAGAGCACGCUUUUGGAUUUCCUCCUGAUCUAAAUCGUGAUGCAUUAUUGUUCUUUUGAUGUGUUCAUGGUUCUUAAGGAGCAGGCGGGGCACCAAUUGCCUCAGAGGUCAUCAGGGGGAAAAAAUUGGAACAAUAGAAAGUCUCAGGCGUGUUAUAUGCAGAUUACCUCAGAAGGACUCUGGUUCUCGAUUCAGGAAUUCGCCAAAUUUAAAUAUCAGGUAUUUGUGCAUCGAUUGUCUAGAAAAUCAUGACUUCUUUUCCAUGUAUGCCAGUUUAUACUGAUACGAGAUUCUUUCUCACAGUUUGAAUUGCCAGAGGAUUCAAAGUCUUGCAUUAAAAAGUUUUCUGUGAUCCGUAAUCUAUGCCAAAAGGUCAGGUCUUAUAUCUCUCUCCCUUUUUACGCAUAUAACUUUUUUGUGAUCUUAAAUGAAAUCUGUAUAGUUUAGCUGUCGCACAGUAAGUCAUCUUGGCUUUUCCAGUUUCCCUGUUUCCACACGUCUCUUCUGGAACCCUUUUUUCUUUUUACCCUCUAAACUCGGAAGAUGCUGAUGGAUCAUGCAGUUGACCUGCAGAUGAUAUAAUGUUUAACCCCCUGUUAUCCAUCGUUGAUGAACUGCAUAAUCGAACUGGUUUGGUUCUUCACUGAAGCAUCAGAAAGGCCAGUAAACACUAGGAUCUUCCGUUUAGGGUCUAAUGAAGACCUGAAAAAAUAAUGCUUCAUUAUUAAACAGUGCAUCCUGGUCACUUUCAUCUGUAUAUGGAUGCGUAAUGCUUCCUUAUUGAGUAAUUUCCGGCAUUAUCUUAGAUUACCUCGGCUUAAUGACAAUAUCUUAGAUUACAUAUCAAUGAGGGGGGGGGGGGGGGACUUAACUGGUCCAUGCUUCUGAGCUUUGCAGGUUGGGAUAUCCAUUGCAGCACGGAAAUACGACCUUGAAGCUGAAAUGCCCUUCCAAACUUCGGAUAUUUUAAAUCUCCAACCUGUAGUGAAGCAUUCUGUCCCUGCCUGUUCCGAGGCCAGAGAUCUCAUGGAAUCGGGGAAGCUUCGGUUAGCAGAGGUAUGUAAAUAAACUGAUGAAGCAUAUCUCUAUAAGCAUUAGGGUAGAUAUUAUCCAGCAGAUGCCUGAGUGUGUGAUACUCCUCUGCAGGGAAUGCUUAAUGAGGCAUACACUCUAUUUUCAGAGGCCUUCUUGAUACUUCAGCAAGUGAGAUACCAAUUCCGCUGUCCGCCCUUGAAUCCAUACAUUUUAAUUGCUCUUGCCCUGAUCAUCCAUGAAUUGCAGGUUACAGGUCCCAUGCAUAGGGAGGUUGCCAAUUGUUGCAGGUAAUCAUCACACAUGCCUGAAUCUGUGUUUAUCUUUCUUUCUUUUCGGUCUUGGUAUUAAUCUAGCGUCUUAUUCUCAAUUCAGUAUCAUCUCGUCCAAUUCAGUCACAUAGGUUCCAUUGCAUGAUGUAUCAGUUUGGAUCAUGACCCAUAUCAUCUGGUAUCAGUUUGGGUCGACCAAUUCAAAAAGACAUGCUUCCAUGAACUAAAAAAGGGAAGAAAAAUCCGAUUCGACAAGGAUUUCUUCAUGCCUAGGUUAUCUGGUUAUGUUAUCCCCAGUUAUUUUUGUUCUGAGAAUGUUGUGUGGAACGCUGUUUGUGAUCGUAAGCUGUAUCCCAUGAAUAUAUAUUCAGGUGGAUCCAGCGGUUGGCGAAGUUUUUCCAACCUGCUGCCUUUUUGUCAGGCGGUCUCCUGUACCUGAGCAGUGUAUAACCUAGACGAGUAAAGACCAGCAGGCAAAUGUUGAAUGUGUGGAUUUUGAGCAGAUGUAAUAGGAACAACUGCAAGUAUUGCCCUGAUGAACAGGUUAGCAGGGCAUACGAUUUUCUGUAGGGCUAGGGACGAAGUAAUCUUGGAGAGCCUACUCUGUUUCUUGGCAAAGAUUAUCAGUUACAUCAAGACCCGAAACUAAACAGGCCAUGGGGUUCGGGUCUCCUAUCUGGAUUAGGUUUGUGGCUAGAUUAGGGCCAGAUUAGCCGUAAGUCAGCUAUCUGGGUCAGAUCAAAAUCCUUGGGGUCAAAUGUCUGUUUCGUUCCUCUUUAUCUUCACAUCAUUACCUUAUGGGAGUUGAUAUCUGGAUAUCUGAUCUCCUAGGUGAGAAGUAUCAGUAAAUAAAUAUAGGAACAAAAUCCCUCAUCCGGAUAUAUGUCACUAUUUAUCUCUGGACCAAUGAAAGGACUGCCAUCUUACAUUAAUAUUGCGUAUUAUUGCAGAUAAAACCCAAUGAAUCUUGCUUUUUUGGGUGCAUCUAGACUUGCUAAUUCCUUAUUAAUGGCGUAUUCCACCGCUUUUGUGCUUCCAAACAAACUAGUUCCCUCCUCUCCCGUUAUAUGUCCAGCCAUUAGGAUCAGAAACCUUGGAAUGGCGGGCGUUUUCUAAUUUCGGAUGAUUUAAAACGGAAAAUAAUAUUGCCAAUCUCGUGAUCGUCUCAACCUUUCAGGUACCUCGCGAUGGUUCUGUACCAUGCGGGUGAUAUGGCUGGAGCGAUCAUGCAGCAGCACAAGGAGCUAAUUAUAAACGAGAGAUGCCUUGGUCUGGAUCAUCCGGAUACUGCCCAUAGGUAUAUAUACCCUCCAUAUUUCUUUCAUAGACCCACAAUCUUUCUAAACCUCGUGUCAACCCAUCGUUGACUUAUUUAUUUUUGCUUUUUUUCUUUUUUCUUUUUUUUUACAGCUACGGUAACAUGGCUCUUUUCUAUCAUGGCCUCAACCAAACAGAGCUUGCUCUCCGUCACAUGUCCCGAACCAUGCUCUUGCUGAGCGUAUCCUCUGGGCCCGACCAUCCUGAUGUUGCUGCAACCUUCAUAAAUGUGGCCAUGAUGUUCCAGGAUAUAGGGAAGAUGAAUACUGCCCUCAGGUAUUUGCAAGAAGCCUUGAAAAAGAACGAACGGCUUCUGGGCCAGGAUCAUAUUCAGACCGCAGUAUGCUACCAUGCUCUCGCUAUCGCGUUCAACUGUAUGGGCGCCUACAAGCUCUCCCUUCAGGCAUGCUCCUCGUACCCAUACGAUGCUUGGAUUCUUCUGGGAAGUUACAGGAUCUGGCUGCUAAUGGGUUUACCCUCAUUGUGACAGCACGAGAAGAAAACUUAUGAUAUACUCGUCAGACAGCUCGGAGAGGAUGAUCCAAGAACACGUGACUCUGACAAUUGGUUAAAAACAUUUAAGAUGCGAGAUCUUCAGGUGAGGUCUUCUGGGUGUUGACUUUUUGCUUAUCCAUGCGCGUUGCCAAUCUUUUGAUGAAGUUUUUGUCUCAACUGAGGAGCCGGAGACUGUCUUUCUUCAUUCCUCUCCAAUCAAGAAGUGUUUUUUUAAUUUUUAUUGGAUGUUUUUUCUUGACGAAUCGUGAGAGGAUAACUGUGAUUAUCAGUAAUUUUUUAUAAUUUUUGCCUGGUAAAUUACUUUUUGUUUUUAAUAAAUUUGCUAUCCAUGUUCUGUCCUAAUCUGGAUAACUUAUUCAUUUUAGAAUAAAAUUUUAAGUCAAAAUUCUUGUGGCUCGAUCGUCUUCAUUAAUCUGGAUUAUAUUUCCUUGAUAAACCUUGUAAUGUUCUUUACCAUGAAACCCAAUUGCAAAGAUCAGUUUUUUGGAAAAGAACUGGCCAGUAUGCAUGAAUGAGAUUAUGAAGGGAGAUUGUUCUGGCUCAACCCAAGAGAAAACAAACUUCUUUCUCGAGAAAUUAAUUGCUCCAAGAACAAGAUGUUUGGCUUUAACUGAUCUACAUUUUGCCCUAGCAGGCAACUGCGCAGAAGCAAAAGGGGCAGCCGGUGGACUCAGCUUCUGCCCAGAAAGCCAUCGACAUCUUAAAAGUGAUCAUCUCAUCUUCUUCUGUUAAAAUCUGGCUUUGUUACUGACUGAAUGAAGCCAAAUUAUUUCCUCCGCAGGCUAAUCCUGACCUGCUCCAGGCAGUCCAGGCUGCGGCCGCAGGAACCACCAACGCCAGUGCCGCCUCGAUCAACAAGUCCAUCAGCGCGGCAGUCGUGGGGGAGGCCAUCCCCCGCGGCAGGGGAGUUGACGAGCGGGCCGCCCGUGCCGCCGCCGAGAUCCGGAAGAAGGCGGCGGCGAGGGGGCUCCUCGUGCGGCCCCACGGCGUCCCAGUCCAAGCCAUGCCGCCACUCUCACAGCUCCUCAACAUCAUCAACAACAGCGCCAGAGCAGGCGGUGCCGCCGCUGCCGCAGAGAAUCCUCAAGACGCCGAGCAAAAUGCAGAGGGCAAGAAGGCUCCUCCGGCCCCUGAGAAUGGAGUCCCCGGUCAAGAAGGCGGCGCCCCCACCAAUAAACAAGAGGAUGGCCUUCCUGUCGGAUUGGGUGCUGGUCUGGGCUCUCUACAGAAGAAGCAGAAAUUGAGACCGAAGGUCGCAUCUUGA